GAUGACAUCUUUAGCAUCAUUUCAGUGCACUAUCAGGCGUAUCUCAUAAAAUAAAAUAACGAUUAAAUACAAUUACUUUUAAAUCUAGUUCUUUAACACUUCGGCUAUCCAGGUCAACCUUUUACACUGCUAUUUCAUUAUUUACAACAAUGUAUCAGUCAAGUAUCAGUUUUGUUGGAUUCGGUACCAUGCAAUCAUCUGUUAACGGUACACAGCGAAGCCGAGACAUAUGUGAAUAUUUUAGGGAGCUAGGGAUCGAUCCUACAGACUUCUUGAUGCCUGAAGUAGAUAUGGAUAUAGCCAGAGGUAUUUUCAAAUGUUUUCAAAGUAAUAUGGGAAACUUUACCGAUUUGACGGUCAACGUUGGCAACACAAAGUUCAAAUGUCACAAGUUUGUGUUAGGUUCCUGCUCUGGAUACUUUGAGGUUUUCGCAAGAGAUAAAUCUGAAUCAAGCUGUACAGUAUAUGGAAUCUUACCAGAAACAUUUGCUCUUAUACUUGAUGCUAUUUAUAAAGGGACGAACGUUUUAAAUGAAGGUAAUAUGCUGCAAAUCUGGCAUGCCGCAGAUCGACUGGGGAUCAAUUUGUUAUUAAUGGUAUGUGAAAAGUUUGUGAAAAGUAAGAUAACGGUUCUGAACUAUAGAGAUGUUUUAACGAUGGCGAAAAUAUUGGCCUCAUCAACUGUUAUGGCAAAGAUAAAGGAAGUGUUGGUAAAAUCGUACUUCGAGCUAGUAUGCUUGGAUGAUUUUAUGAAAGUUUCACAAAAAGAAUUGAUGGAGAUUCUUAGGAGCAAUCAGUUAAAUGUAUGCCCGGAUUUCCGUGUUUAUUCCGUCUUGAAAUGGGCAAGCGCUGAUUAUAAUUCAGCUCACUUUACAGUGCGGAUCAUUGGAAGUUCAAAUGAAAAGAACUUUAACGACGCUGCAACUGUGUGGGUCCGCAGACUUUGCCUUCAUCAGCUACUCGCUAUAAUCCCACUCCAGAACAUCUCAACUGACUGCCUCUCGCAGCUAAUGAACAACAAAUACAUUCUAGAAGACAAAAAUGCAAUGGGAAUCGUAAACGGCAUUGCAUCAAGAAGGCUUGAUGUCUAUGCUUAUGAGAGAAACAACAGCCAGGACCCUGGAUCUCCAGGACCCGUGUGA